UCACUGAAAAAACGCAUGUUCCAAACGAGGCAAGUAUUUCACCAUUUUAAUGCCAAUUACGAGUGACUGCGAACUUCCAAAUUGAUUUUUCUAAGAAAAAAAAAAUCAAAACUAUACACAAAGUUUGAUCGUUGUGUACACCAUGUUUCUCACCAAAUUACGACAUUUGAGUUCUGUAUAUCACAGAAGCAAUGUAGUGCAAGAGACAAUACGCAGAACAAAAAUCAAUUUUCCGGCAAUAACACAUACGGUGCGAACGUAUGCACGAUUCAUUGACGAUGACGAUGAUGAUGCACCAAUAGGCAGAACUAGAACACCACAACGAAGAGAUUCGUUUAAUGAUCGAAGAGAUUCGUUUGGUGGACGAAGAGAUUCGUUUGGUGGUCAAAGAGGAUCAUUUGGCGGACAGAAAGGAUCAUUUAACCAACGCGGUGGGUCGUUUGUUCAAAGAGCUGGAUCUUUCGGUAAUCAAGGAGGAUUUGGUGAUCGAGGUGGAUCAUUUGGAGGUCAACGUAGUUCAUUUGGCCAGCAUUUGAAUGCAGUUGAUUACAAUCUGGAUGAGUUAGAGAGUUUGGAAAAAAAUUUCUACCAACAGAGUGAAAUAACGGCAAACCGAACCGAAGCUGAAAUCAAUGCAUUCCGUGAAAAACACGAAAUAAGUGUUCCUCGUGAUGUACCAAAACCCAUUUUUACAUUCAAAGAGUUGCAAAAUCUACCACCAGCUCUUGCCAGAGAAAUUCAACGAGAAAAUUUCGAAGAUUGUACACCAAUUCAAGCCCAAGGAAUGCCGAUUGCACUAUCAGGCCAAAAUAUGGUUGGAAUCGCUCAAACUGGAUCUGGAAAAACUCUGGCGUACAUUGUACCAGCCAUUAUUCAUAUUUUAAAUCAAGCACCUUUAGAAGUAAACGACGGACCAAUUGCACUUGUUUUGGCACCCACCCGGGAACUGGCACAACAGAUUCAAAAAGUCGCCACUCAAUUUGGUCGUUCUUCAAAUAUUAAUAAUGCAGCACUUUACGGUGGAUCGGCCAAAGCUCAACAACUUUCAGAACUUCGCAUGGGCGCUCAAUUUGUUGUUGCAACACCCGGACGUUUGAUUGAUUUACUUUCAACGAAUUGCGUAAAUUUGCGUCGAUGUUCUUACCUUGUUCUUGAUGAAGCCGAUCGUAUGCUUGACAUGGGUUUUGAGCCACAAAUGCGUCAAAUUGUAUCACAAAUUCGUCCGGAUCGUCAAACUGUAAUGUGGUCUGCAACCUGGCCACGUGAAGUGCGUAAUAUUGCAAGAGAUUUCUUGGGCGACGAGUACACUCAAUUGACAGUUGGUUCAACAGAACUUUGUGCUAAUCAUAAUAUCAAACAAGUCAUCAGAGUCUGCGAGGAACGAGAUAAAUUCCGGGAAUUACUUCAAAUUCUUGAGAAUGUUUCCAAACUUGAGAGGAGCGACCAAAAAACAAUCAUAUUUGUUCAAACCAAACGAAUGGCCGAUCAGUUGUCGUAUCAAUUAAGCAAUCGUGGAUUCAAAAAUCAACCAAUUCAUGGCGGUCGUUCGCAAGCCCAACGAGAAAUGACUUUAGAUUCAUUCAGAUCGAAUCGAAUCAGUACACUUAUUGCUACGGAUGUAGCAGCCAGAGGAUUAGAUGUCAGUGACAUCAAAAAUGUUAUAAACUAUGAUUAUCCAAACACAACCGAAGACUAUGUACACAGAAUUGGACGCACUGGUCGAUCAAAAUCGCAUGGCACAGCUUAUACGUUGUUCACCCAAGAAAAUUACAAUCAAGCCGAUAAAUUAAUAGCUGUACUUUCAGAAGCCAAACAAGAUAUAGCUCCUGAACUUUUGGAAUUGUCAGGACAGCGAUUUGGACGGAAAUAUUAAUAUUUUCUUUGACAAACAAUAUUAUAAUAUUCAUUAAGUCAUUAGCAUUAUUUCAAUGUUAGAAACAUAUUUUAGUGGAAGUGAAAUAAAAAAAAUAUAAAAUUUCAUUCAA